UUAUCAGCCAAAGCACAAAAGUUGCCAGUCGGUUGAAAUUGAAAACAAGUUGAAAACACUCGUAGCUCAAAAGAUGAAGUGAAAGACAGGUGAACAGAUAUUAGUCAUACUCCUUUGGAGAUCAUUAGUGAAACGAUCUGACAAUUAUGAUCAGGUGAUCAAAAAAAACUCUCAAUUUUGGUAUUUUUAGUUUCUCUUUGUUUUAUUCUGAAACCCGUUUUGAAAAUGGAUAAACAACACGUGAAUUUAAUAAACGAUAAUAUGAGCGAACUUGUUCAAAAAACACACAAUAUCGAACAAAUAGUAGAGAAAUUGUUAGCACAAAGAAUUUUAAACCACUACAUGGCAAGGUACAUUUUGAACCAUCCCGAUGAGAGAGGCAGAGCCUUAGAAUUGUACGAAAUGAUCACCUGCCGAGGACCAAAAGCAUUCAUGACCCUCAUCUUCAUCUUACGUGAAACUCAAAAUGAUGAAGCGGAGGCGAUUUUAAGUUCUUGGAAAGUAUCUACUUUCGUUACCCCGGCUCCUGAUGAAAAGAAAAGCAGCAUUCCUCCUGCCAAAGAUAAAGAUGAUUCGGUUGACUUUUGUAAAGUGGAAGACUUGGUUGUAAAAAUUGAUCCGGAGAAAAAAUUCAUGGAUAUUGUUGAAAAAUCUCCUUGCGAGACGUAUAAAAUGAGAUCCAAACCUAGAGGACUAGCUUUAAUCAUAAACAUUUUCAAGUCACCUGAUCCAAAAAAAAUUAGAUUAGGAUCGAAGCUGGAUGCUGAAAAAGUAAAAAAAUUGUUCACAGAUAUCGGUUACAAAGUUUUUCCGUACACUGAUUUAAAAAGAAAAGAAAUGAAACAACAAAUAAAAGCAUUUAGUAUGAAUAAAGAAUUACUCAACGUGGAUAGCUUGGUUGUUUUCAUUAUGUGCCAUGGUAAACAAUACCAGGAUACCGAAGAUAUCCUACUAGCUGCUGCUGAUGGUGAGACAUUGAGAGCAAGAUGGGUUCUUCAACAAUUUACCGAUGCAAAUCCAUCGUUUGUUCAAUUCAAGAAAAAACCAAAAUUAUUCUUUUUUCAAGCGUGUAGAGUGGUAUCUCAAGAUACUAGUGAUAUGUUUCGUGAUAUGGAAAUUACCAGAGACAAAUCACCUGCGAACUCUGGAAACGUUGAAGAUACGAUUGUUGUUUACUCCACUUGCGCAGGAACUUAUUCCAAACGAGACAUCCACGAAGGGUCGUGGUUCGUUAAUGCGUUCUGCCAUGUUGUCGCUGAACAUGCCUGGCAGUAUGAUUUAAAUACGAUGUUACACUCGGUGAACAAAGAGGUUCUAAAGAAAAAAGAUCCUAUUUAUGGAAUUCAAAGCAUGGAAGUAAAAGAACAAGGUGUUAAGGGAAAAAUUUAUUUCAACCCCGGAUUAUGAUACUUCUGUGUACCUUUAUACCUUUCUCAGAUUCGAGAGUGUACUAUAAUUUAUUUUUGAAAAAUCUCUACAACGAAUUCCGACUGAUACUCUGUACGUCAAUUGUUAUUUAGUGAGAUUUGCUCAAUUUUUUAAUAUCAUUUUUGUAUUGAUUUACCUAUUAUUGAAUGAACCAUGUUUUACAAUU